GGUCAGCCAUGGCGGAAGCUUCGGAGAGUUCUGGAGGUGUCAGGGAAAGGAAGACAUGCAGCAGUGAGAAGGCUACGCGAGGAGCGGACACUACCGGGGUGAACCCCUCCAUUAGCGCGGCCGAGUAUACCCGGCGGCUGCAGGAAUGGCUGUGGCAGUGUUACUGCGGUUCCAUUUGUUGGCAGAGCAGCUGCGCCACUGCUGCGGCGCUCGUCAUGAUGAAUACGGCCUCGGGCAGCACCGAGGACCCGGCCAGAACGGGCAGCGGCGGCGGUGCAGGGAGAGGGACCUCCCCGGCAACUACCAACACAACUCAGGCAGGGACGGCGACUACAGCCCCGGCGGCCAGUGCUGCAGGUCGUGAGUACGUUAUUCCAACCCUGGCACAAAGAUUCCGCGCUGAGAUGGUGGAUUUCUUCAUCCUGUUUUUCAUUAAAGCAGCCGUUAUUUUAACUAUAAUGCAUUUCAGCGGAAUAAAAGAUAUAUCAAAGUUUGCAAUGCAUUAUAUAAUUGAAGAAGUAGAUGAAGAUACGUCGAUGGAAGACUUGCAGAAAAUGAUGGUGGUGGCGCUUUUAUAUAGAUUGCUGGUUUGCUUCUACGAGAUUAUUUGCAUUUGGGGAGCAGGUGGAGCAACCCCGGGAAAGUUCCUGCUCGGGCUGCGAGUGGUCACCUGUGAUAGUUCUGUGCUUAUCGCUCCAAACAGAGUCCUAGUGAUUCCGUCCACUAAUGUUAAUAUGACUGCGUCAACAAUACGAGCGGUGAUCAAGAACUUUUCCAUAGCAUUCUUCUUCCCAGCAUUUAUUACAUUGCUGUUUUUCCAACAUAACAGAACAGCUUAUGACAUUGUAGCAGGCACAAUAGUUGUACGACGGAACACAAGAUGACCCGAUUUGUUUCUAAGUUCAUAGAACACUUCAUCAUUU